GUAGUCGGGAAUCUGCUUUUGUACAUGCCAUCUCCUCCGCUGGAGUUGUUUUUGCCAUCACCAGGGCGUGUAGCCAAGGGGAACUGAAAUCCUGCUCCUGUGAUCCCAAGAAGAAAGGCUCUGCCAAGGACAGUAAGGGCCAUUUUGACUGGGGUGGCUGCAGCGAUAACAUUGACUAUGGCAUAAAAUUUGCCAGAGCCUUUGUGGAUGCCAAAGAACGGAAAGGAAAAGAUGCAAGGGCACUGAUGAACCUUCACAACAACAGAGCUGGAAGGAAGGCCGUGAAGCGGUUUUUGAAACAGGAGUGCAAAUGUCACGGUGUGAGUGGAUCAUGCACUCUAAGGACCUGUUGGCUGGCCAUGGCAGACUUUAGGAAAACGGGAGAUUAUCUGUGGAAGAAGUACAAUGGAGCGAUUCAGGUGGUGAUGAAUCAAGAUGGCACAGGUUUCACCGUGGCUAAUAAGAGAUUUAAGAAGCCAACUAAGAAUGACCUGGUAUACUUUGAAAGUUCUCCAGACUACUGUAUCAGGGACAGGGAUGUAG